GCCAUGUUGGCUGGUGUGUGGGUGUCAAACGGAGCUGGACGCGGUGGCGGCUCCGCGGGCUCGCGUCGCUCCCGCCUCCCCAGCGCUACUGGCGGCCGCAGCCACGCACCUGGGCCGGCCCGGAGGAGCGGAGGUCAUGGCUUCCGACUUCUCGGACCUGAGGCUGCAGCGGAGGAAAUGAGUGUCCGGGAUCUUGCCCCAGAUCUGUUCCGGAGGCGAAGCCUUUGCACGGUGCACACUCGCCCGGGACAGGAACGUUUCUCUCUUUGAAGGGCUGUACGUUUGUAACGAAGAAAACAAAGAUGACGACUUCAUCUAUCAGAAGGCAGAUGAAAAACAUUGUGAACAACUACUCAGAAGCCGAAAUCAAAGUCCGGGAAGCCACCUCCAACGACCCGUGGGGCCCGUCCAGCUCCCUGAUGACGGAGGUCGCUGACCUGACGUACAACGUGGUGGCCUUCUCGGAGGUCAUGAGCAUGGUGUGGAGGCGGCUGAACGACCACGGCAAGAACUGGCGGCACGUGUACAAGGCGCUGACGCUGCUGGACUACCUCAUCAAGACGGGCUCCGAGCGCGUGGCCCAGCAGUGCCGCGAGAACAUCUUCGCCAUCCAGACCCUGAAGGAUUUCCAGUACAUCGACCGCGACGGCAAGGACCAGGGCAUCAACGUGCGUGAGAGGUCGAAGCAGCUGGUGGCCCUGCUCAAGGACGAGGAGCGGCUGAAGGCUGAGAGGGUCCAGGCUCUCAAAACCAAAGAGCGAAUGGCGCAGGUCGCCACCGGCAUGGGCAGCAACCAGAUCGCCUUCGGUCGCGGCUCCAGCCAGCCCAACCUCUCCACCAGCUACUCGGAGCAGGAGUACGGCAAGGCCGGGGGAUCGCCAGCCUCCUACCACGGCUCGCCCGAGGCCUCGCUGUGCCCCCAGCACCGCGCAGGGGCCCCGCUGGGUCAGAGUGAGGAGCUGCAGCCGCUGAGCCAGCGUCACCCCUUCCUGCCGCACCUGGGGCCGGCCUCCCGCCCAAAUGGUGACUGGUCCCAGCCCUGCCUCACUUGUGACCGCGCAGCCCGAGCCACGUCCCCUCGGGUGUCCUCUGAGCUGGAGCAGGCCAGGCCCCAGACCAGCGGAGAAGAGGAACUGCAGCUGCAGCUGGCACUUGCCAUGAGCAGAGAAGUGGCUGAGCAGGGUUGCUUGGUUCUGUGUGGUGAUGUCAUUGCAGUUGCCACCAGCUUCAGGUCCCAUUGUCCUCUGCAGGAAGAGCGGCUGAGGCGGGGCGAUGACCUCAGACUGCAGAUGGCACUGGAGGAAAGCCGAAGAGACACAGUCAAAUUUCCAAAAAAGAAAGAGCCUGGCUCCCACCCACAGCAGACCACUCUGUUGGACUUAAUGGACGCCCUCCCCAGCUCAGGCCCUGCUGCCCCGAAAGCAGAGCCUUGGGGCCCUGCAGCCUCAGCUAACCAGACCAACCCCUGGGGCGGGCAGGCAGCCCCUGCCAGCACUUCGGAGCCCUGGCCGUCGUUCGGUGCCCGGCCAGCUGCCUCUGCCGACCCGUGGGGAGUUCCCCCUGCAGCCGGCACACACUCCGUCUCCGGGAGCUCAGAUCCCUGGGCAGCCCCGCCGCAGCCUGCCCCCAGUGACGCCUGGGCAGCAGCCGUGGCCAACAAGCCCGUGUCCACCUCCGGCGCCUUUGAGCUCUUCAGUAAUUUGAAUGGGACAAUUAAAGAUGACUUUUCUGAAUUUGACAACCUCCGAACUUCAAAAAAAACAGCCGAGCUGGUGGCCUCCGCGCCACCCCAGAACAAUGGGACGACAAGCCCUGACCCCUUUGAGUCUCAGCCCCUGACCAUGCCCUCAAGCAAGCCCAGCGGCGCCCGGAAAACGCCGGAGUCCUUCCUGGGCCCCAACGCGGCCCUGGUGAACCUGGACUCGCUGGUGACCAGGCCAGCGCCGCCGGCGCAGUCCCUCAACCCUUUCCUGGCACCAGGUGCAGCCGCGGCCUCGGCCCCUGUGAAUCCCUUCCAGGUGAACCAGCCCCAGCCACUGACACUGAACCAGCUGCGGGGGAGCCCGGUGCUGGGGGCCAGCACGUCCUGCGGGCCCGGCCUGGUUGCGGAGCCCAUGGCGAUGGCCUCCGUGACCUCCACAGCCUCGCACGCCGCUCUGGGGGCCAGCGGUGCCUCCCUGACCCCACUGGGCCCCGCCACAAUGAGUGUGGUGGGCAGCGUGGCCAUGCCCCCACCGGCAGCUCAGGCCACCGGCGCAACCAACCCCUUUCUCCUCUAGUGCCUGGGCCUGGGGGGGACCCUGAGCAUGCGCCCAAGGACGCCGAGCAGGGACUCUCAUCGGUGGAAUGGGGUCUGAGAGCCGGGGUGGGCAUUAGGGCUUUCCAGUUCCGACUUCCUGAUGCAAGAGUUGUCUUCCCAGCCCAGCCCUCAGACUGGAGCCGUGGCAGCCUUGCUGCGCCCACACACCCAGCACGUGGCUCUCCGAGCCUUCCGGCCGCCCGCCCGCCUGCCCGUCCCCAGCCUGUAGCCCCGUGUCUCGAGGGAGCACCUGCCCCGGCCUGGCCGCCCUCGCCGCCUCCUCACAAGAGCAGGGUCCUGGCCUCUGUGGGAGCAGCCGGUUCUCAGGGGCCUUGGACGAGGAGGCGGGAACCCUCAGUGUUGCCCUUGUCCCAAGCCUCAGCCUGAGGUUGCGGGGUCACUGCCUCGCCCAGGACGUGGCGUGCCUGCCUCGUCGCUUCCUUUCAUCCCCAGCCCUGGUGUCACCCAAGCAGUCCCAGCUGUGGACAGAAUGAAGUGCUGGCUCCAUGACACUGACCUUCUGGGGAAGUAGUUGUGCAUAUUUUAUUUUUCUUUGACUCGUGUGUGAGUUCAAAGUGAACACUACCACCGUGGAACAACUCUUGAAUUAAAUCCACUAGAGCAAGCUUUAAACUAAUCUGAGCAUAACCCUGCCACGUGGCUCUCUGAUUGUAUACGUUUGCACAUAUUUUGUUUAGUACAGUUUCAUAUUUGAGUUGGCAGAAUUAUCUAAUAGUCUUUUUUUGGCUAAUAUUUUUAUAACGUGGUUCUUAUUUAACUGUCUAGUUUUGAUAGAAUUUACCAGGUCUGGCUGAAUUAAGAUAUUGGCACAUGUCAUGUUAGUAGUUUAAAUUCUCUUAUUUAUGGUUUUAACUCUGUAAGAAAAUUUAAAUAAGAAGAGACAAAAAAAAUGCCUUAUGGAAAAACUGAAGCAAAUUCUUUAUAGAAAAAAAUAUGGGAAUUUGAUUACACAUAAAUGAUGUUUAUUUAAAAAAAAAAAAAAACUACAACAGGAACAAAAAAUAGAAAUCCUAGCCUUCACUUGCCUUUUCCUUUCUUUCACUCCCUUUUUUGGAGAAUUACCAAAUUGAUCAACUUUUUAGCCUUUUAGGCUAGAACCUAAAAGAGAGUCUAUUUUUUCUUACUGAUAACACCAACCUCAAGAAAGUUGAAGAAAAAAAUCUAACGUAUGAAUGCGUCCCACCAGUUUUUACCAGCUAAUUCCUUUUUGCAACUGAAGGCAUGCACAGAUUAACCAGGACUUCUAUUUACAAUGGAAUCUGAAAUGGAAGAGACACCCUGGACCUUGUGUGUCCGUAAUCUCCUCUGUCUUAAUCCACGCUCAGGGUAAAGCUGGGGACAGUGUGGACACGGCAGUUGUCUUGGGGGCCAUGGUAUGUCUGUGCCCCUGGAGCCUGGGGAUCUCAUGGCUGAGAAGGGGGAGGGACCAGGGCUGGCCCUGAGCCGCCCUCCUGCUGACUCCAGACACACACAGCAGACUUCAAAAUCUUCUCUUACUUUGGAGAGAAAGAAAAAAAUCAUUCUCACAGGGAACAGAUUUUAACAAACAUGCACUAAUAUUACCUCCCUCCCCCACCUCCUGCUUCCUUCCCCCCGCCCCCCCCCAGUACAAAAGAAGUAUUAGGUCGCUAAUCAAAGACCAGAAAAGACUAGCUUCUCCUUAGGGAAGGGACAUUUCCCCUGAACCUUGUGUCCAGUCAGCUCACCUCUCGUUUCACCGUGGACUUCUCAGCUCUCACCCCGAGAGCAGCUGACCCCCGAGUGGUCCCUGGGCGGAGUGGGGGGACAGGGCCCCUCUCUUUGGUUCUAGCAGGAGAACUGCCCCUUAGCACUGGGCACAGGAGACAGGGAAAAUGCCAGCAGGCAUGCCGCCCAGGCCCUUCUCCUUUUCCUGCUUCACAGUGCUCGCCCGGAGGCAGCCCCCGCCCCGGCGCCACCUGCCUUUGCCAGAGCUGAGACCUGGGGCUGCCCUGGGCUCCGAAGGCUGCGGCCCAGCUCUCCCGGCCUGGGGGCCAGUGCUGCUUGCCCAGGGAGGUGCUUUCACUCAGACCAUGUGGCCUGGCCACCUCCUGGUCGGACCAAACUCGACUUCUGGGGUCAGUGAUUCUUUUGUAGCAGUCUUUCCUGCCAUGAUUUUGCGGCCGCAGCAUGACAGCCAUCGGGCCACCAAGGCUCAAGAAGACCCCCGGCCACUCCCCAGCACAGGCCCGUCCCCAGGUGCCUCAUCCCUGUUGCCCGCUGCACUGAUCUUAAAGCCACCGGCCACUGCCGCGCGCGUUGUACACAUGCCACCGUGCUCCGUCCUAUGGGUGCCGUGGUAGGGGGUGUCACCCAGCCAUUUUCUCAGUCCCAGGGGCCGGUGGCUGGUUUUGAACUUGUGUUGACUAUUGAUACUUAUUUACUGUGUAAAUAUAAUUUAUCAUUUGUAUCAUGA